AUGUUGUCGGAGGAAGAGAAGGACAAGAUAGCUUGCGAAUCGAGUUUUAUUGCUCGAGUCAUAGAUUCGUUGGUUACUUUGUUUCUUUUGUUAUAUUUGGCUUAUACACAAGCGCAAACUUUCGAGACGGGUGAUAAUGCGACCGUUAGGGGUUGCUCGAGCCAUUGUUCUCCUCACGACAGCGAUCUGACGUGCUUAACUAGGUCAUUGGAAUUUUACGAACGUCUUCUACUGGCACAAAUGAAGCAUUUUAUUGCAGUUCAAAUGCAUAUUGAUCAGUGGUAUAAAUGGCAUAGUAAAUAUGGCCAUCGUAAUUAUACGCAAACAAAGGAAGAAGUGAUCGCGAAACUUUCAGCACAGUUAGAACCAGAAGAUGUAAUCGAUGAAGAGACAAUUGCUACUGUAGUUGAUGUUCUGAUAGACAACGUAGAGAAAGGGACUGAAACGAUCGAAGCAGAAAUACCACAUUUCACUUGUCCGUUACCCUGUGAAUAUCGUUAUGACAUAUGGCGUAAUGUUUUUAUUGCUUCGAUGACUUUGAAUUUGUUGCUUGUAAUUGCUCUUGUUCCAUUUAUCGUAUCACUUAUUAGGUCCGAUGUUCCGGAACAACUCGUAAGAACAUAA